AUUUGAGUCUGCCGGCGAGUGCUGGUUGAAUCUCCUCCUCAUUCCCUGUGAAAGAAAGCAGACUCGAUAUCUCUCUGUUCAAAUCCCGUCCGUCUCUUCUCCUGUUGCGGUACAGUUCCGGUGUGGUAUACUUCAUCUGUUUAGUCGAUUGCGUGGUCAGCUCUGCGCUUGCCAGUGGACUACUACGAGUUUUUUUCUCCCCCGGAGUCUCGGACCCGUCGCCUUAGUCGACGCUCACGCCACUCACUUUAUCAUCCUUUUAUAUCGAUUCCCACCACGACUUCUUGCUACUCGUCCAAAGGCGUUCUUCGCGUUAUCUGUGCGUGUGAUCAUCGUCAUCUGCCCAUUUGCAGCCUCUCGCCUCAGUCUUUCAGUGGUAUCUUUCUCCGCGCCCACCAUGCCCGCAAAAGUACUUCCCGUGUUCACCCCGGCCGAAAUCGAACUGCACAACAACGCCAAGUCAUGCUAUGUGACGCUGGGAUCUAAAGUUUACGAUGUCACUGAGUUCGUGGAUGGUCACCCUGGUGGUGAGGACCUCGUCCUUGAUUAUGCUGGUAAAGACGUAACCGAGAUCUUGCGCGACGAGUCAUCCCACGCCCACUCCGACUCGGCCUAUGAAAUUCUGGAGGAGUGCCAUAUCGGUUUCGUGGCUUCUGAAUUUGAUGGAAAAGCUCGCACGGUCGAUGCAUCACACACACAACAAGUAGCGGAUGGGUCUGGACCAGUCUAUGCCUCGACCGGCAUGUCCUGCGAAGAAGAUCUAUCCGUCGACACGGAUUACAGCAGGGACUUCCAGACGCACAAGUUUCUCGACCUCAACAAGCCACUCCUCAAACAGCUCUGGUUCAGCGGCUUCAGCAAGCAAUUCUACCUCGAACAAAUUCAUCGUCCCCGUCACUACAAGGGAGGGGAAUCUGCACCCCUGUUCGGUAACUUCCUGGAGCCCUUUAGCAAGACGGCAUGGUAUGUCGUCCCGAUAAUGUGGCUUCCACCUGUCGCGUACGGCACUUUUCUCGGUUUCUCGGGCCUUGCCAAUGCGCCUGCCGCUGCUGGCUACUGGGUUGGUGGGCUUUUUCUAUGGACCCUCAUCGAGUAUUUGAUGCAUCGAUUCCUGUUCCACAUCGACAGCUAUCUCCCUGACAACCGGGUUGGUCUGACUCUCCAUUUCUUGCUCCAUGGUAUUCAUCACUACUUGCCAAUGGAUAAGUAUCGCCUGGUCAUGCCUCCGGCUCUUUUCAUCGUACUGGCGACCCCGUUCUGGAAGCUUGCCCACGCUGUCUUCUUUUAUAAUUGGUAUGCGGCCUUGACGGUAUACUGCGGCGGUGUUUUCGGCUACAUCUGCUACGAUAUGACCCACUACUUUCUCCACCACCGCAACCUUCCCAUGUACUACAAGCAGCUCAAGAAGUAUCAUCUUCAGCACCACUUCGCAGACUUUGAUAAUGGCUUUGGUGUCACCAGCCGCUUCUGGGAUCAGGUGUUUGGGACGGAGCUUGAGACUCCCGCUCCUAAGGAUGUGAAGACUCAGUGAAUCUUUCACUGCGGUAUACUUUAGGAAUGGCUGGCCCUCUCGUCACUAGGCUCUGAUACGAGCCUUUUGCCUCUCCUUAUUGAUUCUGUGAGGUACAAAAUCAUGCCGUGGCCGUGAGUGCCGGGCCCUAAUGCUGCUGUGCUUAGGAGUUUGGUUGCUUUUGGUUUGCAUCACUUUGUUUCGUGUACAGGCUUGCCAGGGCCCAACAGGGUAUCGGAAAAUGUCUUCCUUUGAGGCGAACCACCGUGACUCCUAGGUUGAAAGGCCGUAUGGUAUUAUUACCUAGAUUUUUUUACGAUUGUAUAUGAUAACCUAAUAC